AUGGAGAAACUUUUCCUUGCACUGAUCCACGCGUCAAGAAGGCUGCGCAGAUAUUUCGUUAAUCACGUCAUCCACAUGCUAACAAACUACAAUAUCGGAAAUAUCCUAGCAAGGCCAGAAAUAUCAGGAAGAUUGGCCAAAUGGGCAAUAGAGCUAGGGGGACACAAUGUGGUUUUCAGACCACGCCCAUCGAUCAAGGGCCAAGUCUUGGCAGAUUUUAUGACAGAAGUCCCAGACGACAAAGACAGAGAGUGCAAGGCGAUGGAGAAAGCUGAGAAAAAACAAACAGAAGAGCCAUGGCUACUAUACACAGAUGGUGCAUCCAACGAAGAUGGAGCAGGCGCAGGGCUAAGGCUAGUAAGCCCUGACAAACACGAGUUCACAUACGCCAUACGCCUAGACUUCAAGAGCACAAACAAUGAAGCAGAGUACGAAGCCUUUCUGGCCGGCUUGCGUUUGGCAAUCAAAAUGGGGGUCCGACACAUCGAAGCACAUGUAGACUCCAUGUUAGUAGCAGGCCAAAUCAACGGCCAGUAUGAAGCCAAGGGCGACAUAAUGGCACUCUAUCUCAACCAAGCGAAGACGUUGUUACAAACUUUUUAUUCCUACAAGGUGCAUCACAUAAACCGCAGCGAAAACAAGUCGGCAGAUGCUUUAAGCAAACUUGCGUCGACAAGUUUCCAACACCUAGCAAAGGAUGUGCGCAUAGAAGUUUUGAGCAACCCAUCUGUUCCACUCAGAGAAGUCAGCGUCAUCCAAACAGGAACCACGUCCUGGAUGACACCCAUAAUCAUGUACUUACAGUCCGGGAUACUUCCAGAGAACAAAGCUGAGGCGCGAAAAAUCCAAUACAAAUCAGAACAUUAUCAGAUGGCAGACGGGAUACUGUAUCGAAAGUCAUAUCUCGGCCCGCUGCUAAGAUGUGUUGAUGCCGACGACGCAAAUUAUCUGAUCCGGGAAGUACAUGAAGGCAUUUGUGGUAUCCAUGCCGGGCCGCGAAUGGUAGUGGCAAAAGUAAUGAAUGCCGGAUACUACUGGCCCGGGAUGCACCUCGAUGCCGUGAAAGAGUUGAGAAAAUGCAGUGGCUGCCAGAGGCACGCACCAAAAACCAUGCGCCCCAAAAACGAACUGGUACCAGUAACAACCGCAUGGCCUUUUCAGCAAUGGGGCAUAGACAUGGUGGGCCCCUUCCCAGAAGCUCUAGGGGCAGUUAAGUUCAUCAUAGUCGCGGUCGAUUACUUCACCAAGUGGGUAGAAGCAAAGGCCCUCGCAUCAACCACAUCGGCAGUCGUCAAACGAUUCAUAUGGGAGCAAAUCAUAUGCCGGUUCGGCUUACCCCUCAGAAUCAUCACCGACAACGGAACAAACUUUGCAGCAGAUGAUCUCGAACGAUGGUUCAAAGAACUGAACAUCGAACAUACCUUCUCUUCGGUUGCUCACCCGCAAGGGAACGGUCAAGUCGAAGCAGUCAACAAGAGCAUCGUCGAUGGCAUAAAGGCAAGGCUCGGUGAAAAAGACGAGGGUGGGUCGAUGAGCUACCCAGCAUAUUAUGGGCCCAUAGAACAAUGCACAAAACAAGCAACGGAGAAACACCGUUUAGCUUGGUCUAUGGGUCCGAGGCUGUGA